AUGACUAACCAAUUCAACUUUGUUGGAAAUCGAAUUGUAUCUUCUAGCCCAGUCCUGACUGUGCCAAACUCAAAUCUCAUGGUAGAAUCAAUAUUUGAGAGUAACACCAAUCAGAAUUCAGUCAUACAGCAAAGUUCAUGUUGCAUUCAAACUAGUUUUCUCCCUCUUUGCAUUGAACCAACAUUUCUCCAACUGGAUAUGGAUGAUUUUGUUAAUACAUUAGAACAAGAAUAUUAUACCCACAUGCCAAUACAAGCAUCAGUUGCUUCAACAUUGAAGGUUCCCUCUCCAACUACUCCACUAUUUAAAUGUAAGUGGAUGAAGACAUUGUCAAAUAGAUCAUCAUCACAACCAGUCCCACAAAUUGACUUUAGAUCCAUUUCCACCAUUACUCAACAUGAUGAUAAUAGAUUGUCAACAAGUCCAUCUUCAGAAUCUUCCUCUCCAAACCCAAAUACUCAUAAUAUUAAGUCUAAUUCUUCUAACCUUAAAUCACAAUGUAAAACUACAAUCUCAAAAACAAAAAUUCAAAAGAAACGAAACUAUCAACGAGUAUUUCAUACAAUACCACCUAGAAAUACUUGCUCUGAGAAGAAAUCUGGGAGUUGGAAAUUCCAUCUAAUGGAUGCAGAGGAGGAUGAGGAAUAUCCAUCAAAUUACAAAUUUCAUAUCUAUACUGGGCGAAAUAAUUCCAAUACCUCUAAUGAUUCUAGUAAUUCUAAUAAUUCCAAACAAUAA